GGGAGUAUCAACUAUGCUGAGAACCCAUCAAAGGAUAACCGGUAAUCUUAUCCAUUGUCUAUUCUCUGCAUUGUUAUUGGCCAUUGUCAUGCCACGUCAACAAACGAAACGCGAUAGCCCCUUCUUCUUCACCCACAAACUCACUCUUCUUAGCUCCCUUCUCCAGUUCGUCCCAGCAACCCGAACAGCCCUCAACCACAGCAAACCAGCAACCGGAGUAAUAUUCCGGCGACAUGGCAGCCACCGCCAUGGCAUCCUCGUUCUCCACAUCCAUGCAAAACCUCAACUGCAGCCGCCCCAAGAACAGGCCCACCACUUCCGACCAACUACCCAGGCUUCAUGUUUCCAUCAAGGCAUCAUCGCAGAUUCCUUUAUCACUGCAGUCCCACUUCCUCGGAAUGGUCCGGUGCUUGUUUACGCCCGCCGCCGCCGUUUCUCCCAAACGCAGAGUAGCUAGGCUAGCUGUGGCGGAAGAAGUUGCUGCGACGGAAACAGAGGAGGAGGAAGAAGAGGAAGAAAAACAAGAAGAGGUGGCCGGUCUUGACGGAGAAGAAGCUGCUUCGACGGGAACGGAGGAGGAGGAAAGUGGGGUUCAAAAUUUGAAGCUUUAUUUUGGGAAUUUGCCAUAUAACUGUGACAGUGCACAGCUUGCUGGAGUUGUUCAAGAAUAUGGAAGCCCUGAGCUUGUUGAGGUUCUGUAUGAUAGAGUAACGGGUAAAAGCCGAGGAUAUGCAUUCGUGACAAUGAGUUCUAUAGAAGAUUGUCAUGCAGUUAUACAAAAUCUUGAUAGAACGGAACUUGGAGGUAGAAUAAUGAGGGUGAACUUCUCAAACAGGCCUCAAGCAAAGGACCCUCUAUAUCCAGAAUCCGAUCACAAACUGUUUGUAGGCAACUUAUCCUGGACUGUCACAUCUGAGAUCCUAUCAGCUGCAUUUGAGAAACAUGGUAAUGUGGUCGGAGCAAGGGUUCUGUAUGACGGUCAGACUGGCAGGUCCCGGGGCUAUGGUUUUGUUAGCUACGAAACUCAAGAGGAGAUGGAAAAUGCACUCAGUUCUAUGAAUGGAGAGGAAUUGGAGGGAAGGGCACUACGCGUCUUCUUGGCAGAAGGCAAGAAAGAGUAAUGGUGAUUGCAUUUUGUAAAUUUCUGAACUGAAAGAAUGAAAGUUGUUAUUUGAUUGGCAAUAUAAUUGAGGAUUCUGGUGGAAUGGUUACUCUUUUACUAGAACUAGAAUACACGCCACAUUUCUUGCAGAAUGAAAUGGUUUGCAGACAAUCCUCAAGAGCAGUUCAAAGAUGUGCUGAUUUUAUGGUUGUGAUUUGAGUACAUAAGUGAGUUUCUAAGUGGCAAUUUGAAUAAAGGGGUUAAGAGAGGAAUGUCUUAGAGGGGUUAAGCUUAUAUAUGAUGGAAAGACUCAUUUGUUUUGCACAUCUCAUCUUAGAAGUGAUUUAUUUUAGGAUUAUAUGAAUGUUGAAUACUAAAAGUGGUAAGUGUUUCAAAAUAAAAAUGGCUUUUGCAAAUUAAACAUUGGGUUGUUUGGUGAAACUAUAUUCAUUGGUAUAUUAUUGAGUUUUAAUAAGUAAAUGUUAGAGUGUUUUGUGAAGAA